AUGGAGGCUUCGGAGGAUUUCUCUUUUGUCGAGCCCAGGUUUCAGCGAUACGAAGAGAAAACUCUUCAGAAAACCGUGUCCUUUAGGACCAGGAUGGAUGAGGAUGGGGUCUCAAUAGAAUCAUUAAGGCAACAGGUUGAAAGGCUGAGGAAUGAAUUGGACCAAACUGCAAAUGAAUCUGCUCAGUCAGCACAAUAUGGCUUGGUUCUGUUGGAAGAGAAACUGCAGCUUCAGACACGGUGUGAGGAGCUGGAAACACUAUUCGAGACUACCAAGCAUGAACUUGACUUGACGAGAGAAGCUCUAGCAAAGUUUCAAACUUGCCAUGAAGUCAGCACCAAGACUGGUAUUGAACAUGAGGAGUCCCUUCUCUCGGAAAAUGCGGCGAGGGAGUCUUCCCUCAACACACGAAUAUCAGACCUUGAAUUUGAAACAAAACAGACACGUCAAGAACUGGAAAGAGUUGUCAGUGAGAAAGAUAGGUUGCUACAUGAUCAUCAGGAACUUCUGCAAGAGAAGGAUUCACAGAAUAUUGAGAGGAGAAACCUUCGCAGCGAGUUAAAAGAAUUGAAGACCAGGGAAACAAAUCUCCUCUCUGACAUAGAUAAUCUGGAGGAAGAGAACAUAGCCCUACAAAAACUUGUUUCAUCAUUACGGUCUUCUCAGGUUGAGUUUGAGGGUGCAAAACAUGAGCUCAGAAGGUUACAGGAGGAGUUAGAUGUUUCCCAGCAGCAGGUUGAAGAACUUACUAGUUUGAAGAAGAUUGCUGAGAAGCAAAUGGAGCAGGCCUUGGAAGCUCUUCAGGUGGAAAGAGAGGCGAAGUAUGCAUUGAAGAAAGAACUUGAUGCCAAACUAGGCAGUUCCUCCUUCUACAAUCUUAGUACUCUUGCUCUCAAUCUCAAACUGAGUGAGAGUGAAAAUGAAGAUGAAUGUCCAGCUCUUCAGCAGCUGGAAGAUGACUUCAUCAAAGAAGGGAAGACUGCUGAGGGUGGAAGUGACCUUUUCUCAGAAAUCCAUCUUAAUGAACUCCAGAAACUGGAGCAGAGAAUUGAGCAGGUGGAGAGUGAGAGACUAAUACUCAGUCGUACCCUUGCUGAGACUCAAGAGAAGCUGGAAGCAAGCAAGAAAGAUCUCAAUGAAAAACAGGCCCUGCUGCUCAAGACUGAAGCUCACCUUAAGGCCAUUCUUCACAGCAAACAAAGCAAUGGAGCCUUAGCAGCAAGCCUAGCUGAGCUGGAGGAGGAACUAAAAGAUGCAAGCCGAGGUGGAGGAGCUGAAACACUGGAACUCUGCCUACGAGAAGAAAUCUCUUCACUGAGAGAGAAAUUGAUAGAGUCACAAUCUGUUAAAGAAGAACUACGUGGAGAUGUUCACAUCCUUGUUGACAUGGUCCGUCUUGCUCAGGGAAAUUUAAGCAACCUCCAGACAGAACUGGGAUCUGUCUCGGAAGAUUUGGCAGGGAUAUACUAUCACGUCUGCUCUACAAUUCGGGAAAAUCCCAGUCGUGUCAUUCUCAAUCAUACCUCUGGCCCUGACAGCAAAGGUGGGAUUAGUCGGUUAGAGGAACUGGCUAAUCGCCUGAAAUCCUCAGAUGUUAACCUGAGUCUUGAGGGUGGAGAUCCUGACUUCAUUCGAAAGCAGGUGGAAACAAUGGGGGAUCAAGUUCAGCAUUUGAGGGUCUCCAUUGAGCAAGCAAUCAGGGCUUCUGUCAAUGAAGAUGGCCACAAAGAUUCAGGUCAAAGAAGUAUCCAGGAGGCAGAUGUUCAGGAACUCCAGGAGCAGAUAGUGAAGCUCAAGUCCCUUCUUUCAUCCAAGCGGGAGCAGAUCGCCACCCUUCGCACUGUCCUCAAGGCCAAUAAGCAGACAGCCGAGGUUGCACUGACAAACCUCAAGUCCAAGUAUGAGAAGGAGAAGACCAUUGUCUCAGAGACCAUGAUGAAACUGCGCAAUGAACUUCGCCUCCUCAAAGAAGACGCUGCUACCUUCUCAAGUCUACGGGCAAUGUUUGCUGCACGAUGUGAGGAGUAUGUGUCUCAGCUGGAGGAGGCUGAGAGGCAAUUGAUGGCUGCUGAAGAGGAGAAAAAGACUUUGAACUCCCUUCUUCGCAUGGCCAUUCAGCAGAAGCUGGCCCUGUCCCAGAGACUGGAGGAUAUGGAGAUGGUCUAUAGGAAUCCUGAACUACUCUAUCCCAUCAUCAUUUCCUUUCUCAUAAUGUAUCAGCCUUUGAAUGUGCUUUUGUCACUGAAGAAGAUCGAGGUGGCGGAGGAGGAGGUGGCAGUGGGAGAAGACCUCUAUCUGGUCGUGGGGGCAGAACAAACCCUGUUCGGAGUGUUUACAACCGUGGAGACUGAUGAUUCUUUCAGCCUGAAAUCCAUACAACCCUCUCAUUGUGAUAAGAAGUUAUCUUCUUGAACCUUUCUAUGCAAUUUUUCCCGUGACCCCGUCCCCCCACCCCAAGUUACUCUCUUUAUUCUUUGAAUUUUUUCAUUUUACAUAUUUUGUGUUUCUUUUUUUAAUCAGCUAUAUAUGCUGUACUUGGAUCUGUUUGUCUCUUUACAUAUUUAUGGUUGUCCAUACAUUUUAUCCUAUGGUUGAAGGUGCAUGACUUGGCAACUGUUGACAAAUCAUUUCUUUCAAUUAGUUCUACUGGAGGAAAAGGGUAUUCAGGUACAGGUAGAUGCAGCUCAACUGGUUUGUUCAGUUUUGUGUUUUCUAUGUUGACAGCUAUAUUGACUAAAAAAAAGUUUGCAAUGAUGAUAAAGGAAAUCUCAAAUUCCUGAAGGUUCUGUUCUUCCUGUCUUAUGAAUUCUGCAUGGCAGCUCAUAUUCCUCCCUUUUGCCAUUUUUUCUCUGUGAUUUUAUUUGCAUGGUAGAGAAGUGAAGAAAUUUGUUACUUUGUGAAUUAUCCCCAUUUGUUUUGCCCUUUAAUAUUUGAUUGAAGGAUAUUGUAAUGCUUGUCUACCUGAGAAACUGUUCCCAUUAUUUUAGAGCUUCUUAGUUGUUCUUCCAGUGGACCAAACUUAAUCUGUCUGCAAAAGCCUUUGCAGCCAUGUCAGACUGCUUUUUGGUUAUCCAGUGUAUUCUGUUUGAGUAGCCAGAAGCAACUGUGUUAUGCUGUUCUCAGCUGAAGUGCACAUCUUGAAG